UGGUUAAAACCGGUUCCAUCUCGCCUCAAAUUUUCCAUCACUCGAACGCUAAACAACGCGGACGGAGGACGUGUUUUCCGUUUGGGGCUUGUUUACUACAAUCUUUGCCCACAAAUUUCACCCAGUCGGAGCAAAUUCUGGCUCUUUUGGGCCUUUCUAAGGAUUGCUGAGGCUUUAUAGCACAGGAAAGGUUAUGUGUUGUCUUGGUAGAGGAUUUCAGCAGUAGCACCACGCAUAGGAUAUCUUCGGAGGAUUUUUGGUUGUGUUCGUUCGUUGCAUGCUCGACUCCACUUCACCCGUAAUAAACAUUAGGUGGCAAGCUCGACGGUGAUUGGCAGAUGAAGGUGAUACAAGAAGGCAUGGCGACCCUAACAGAGCAGUCUGGGAAGCUGCUGGAUUUCAGCCAAAAGCUGGACAUCAAUCUACUGGACAAUGUGGUCGGAUGUCUGUACAAUGGUGCUGGAACACAGCAACAAGUGGCCCAGCAGAUUUUGACCAGUCUGAAGGAACAUCCUGAUGCCUGGACUAGGGUCGACACCAUUCUUGAAUAUUCUAAUAACCCACAAACUAAGUACUAUGGUCUGCAAAUCCUUGAAACUGUUAUUAAGACACGAUGGAAAGUACUUCCACGAACCCAGUGUGAGGGCAUAAAGAAAUUUAUAGUGGGUCUCAUUAUCAAGAUAUCAUCAGAUGCUUCAUCAAUGUCGACAGAGAAGGUCUACCUUGGGAAACUCAACAUGAUCCUGGUCCAGAUACUGAAGCAUGAGUGGCCCAGGAACUGGCCCACGUUCAUCAGUGACAUAGUCGGAGCAAGCGAGACAAAUGAAUCUCUGUGUCAGAACAACUUGGCCAUUCUCAAGUUACUCAGUGAGGAAGUGUUUGAUUUUUCUAGCGGGCAAAUGACACAGGCUAAAGCCAAGCAUCUCAAGGACAGCAUGUGCAAUGAGUUCUCAAAAGUCUUCACAUUGUGUCAGUUUGUCAUGGACAAUUCACAGAAUAUUCAUCUGGUGGAUGGCUGCUUGGAGACAUUGCUGAGAUUCCUCAACUGGAUCCCGCUUGGCUAUAUCUUUGAAACAAAGUUAAUCAGCACCCUCAUCUACAAAUUCAUGAAUGUACCUCUGUUCAGGAAUGUCACCAUGAAAUGCCUGACAGAGAUCGCCGGCGUAAACGUCAGUCAGUACGAGCAACAGUUUGUGGUGCUCUUUACUCUUGCCAUGACUCAACUGAAACAGAUUUUACCACUAACCACAGACAUCAAAAGUGCAUACUCCAAAGGCCAGGAUGAGGAACAGAAAUUCAUCCAGAACCUGAGCAUGUUCCUGUGUACGUUCUUCAAGGAACAUGUGACACUGAUUGAGAAGAAGAUGGAGUUGCAUGAAAUACUCCUGGAGGCGCAUCAAUACCUGCUUUUGAUAUCCGAAGUGGAAGACACUGAGAUCUUCAAAAUCUGUCUGGAGUACUGGAACACACUGGCCUCUGAAUUGUACCGCGAGAGCCCCUUCUCCUCUACCACCCCCUCGUCUCCACUGCUCAUCGGCAGUACUACCCAGGAGAUACCACCCAGGCGACAGCUCUACCUGGAGAAAUUAUCCAAGGUGCGGCGAGUGAUGAUCUCCCGCAUGGCCAAACCGGAGGAAGUCCUCGUGGUUGAGAACGAGCAAGGAGAGGUGGUGCGAGAGUUUAUGAAGGACACGGACUCCAUCAACAUGUACAAGAACAUGAGGGAGACACUCGUUUACUUGACGCAUUUGGACUAUGCAGACACGGAGCAGAUUAUGACUGAAAAACUCACCAUGCAAGUCUCUGGUCAUGAGUGGUCGUGGAAAAACCUCAAUACAUUAUGCUGGGCCAUCGGCUCCAUCAGCGGGGCCAUGCACGAGGAAGAUGAGAAGCGCUUCCUGGUGACGGUCAUCAAGGACCUCCUGGGUCUGUGCGAGCAGAAACGGGGCAAAGACAACAAGGCCAUCAUUGCCUCCAACAUCAUGUACGUGGUGGGCCAGUACCCAAGGUUCCUGCGAGCUCACUGGAAGUUCCUCAAAACCGUCGUCAAUAAGCUGUUUGAGUUCAUGCAUGUUUUCUUUUGUGAUACACACAUAGAAACACAUGACGGCGUACAGGAUAUGGCUUGCGACACUUUCAUCAAGAUUGCCCAGAAGUGUCGACGUCAUUUUGUGCAGGUCCAAGUGGGUGAGGUCAUGCCAUUUAUUGAAGAAAUCCUCAACACCAUUACCACCAUUAUUUGCGAUCUGCAGCCCCAGCAGGUGCACACGUUUUACGAGGCAGUCGGGUACAUGAUAAGUGCUCAGACGGACAGCAUGGUGCAAGAGCACCUGAUUGAGAAAUACAUGCUGCUGCCCAAUCAAGUAUGGGAUGGUAUCAUUCAACAAGCCACCAAGAAUGUGGACAUUCUCCGAUCUGAAGAGAUUGUGAAACAGCUCGGCAGCAUUCUUAAGACGGAUGUCCGAGCAUGUAAAGCAGUCGGCCAUCCAUUUGUUGUGCAGUUGGGUAGGAUCUACCUGGACAUGUUGAACGUGUACAAAUGCAUGAGUGAGAAUAUCUCGGCGGCCAUCACCAGCAAUGGGGAGAUAGUCACCAAGCAGCCCCUGAUCCGAAGCAUGCGGACCGUCAAGAAAGAAACCCUCAAGCUCAUCUCAGGCUGGGUCAGUCGAUCCACAGACCCCAACAUGGUUUGUGAGAAUUUCAUCCCGCCCUUGUUGGAGACAGUGUUGGCAGACUACAAGAGAAACGUCCCAGCGGCCAGGGAGCCUGAAGUCCUGAGCACAAUGGCAACAAUAAUCAACAAGUUGGAGAGUCACAUCACUGACGAAGUGCCCAAGAUCUUCGACGCCGUCUUUGAGUGCACCUUGGACAUGAUCAACAAGAACCUGGAGGAGUACCCAGAGCACCGCACCAAUUUCUUCCUCUUGGUGCAGGCCGUCAACAACCACUGCUUCCCGGCGCUACUCAACAUCCCGGCAAGACAGUUCAAACUGGUGCUGGACUCCAUCAUCUGGGCUGUCAAGCACACCAUGCGGAACGUUGCUGACACGGGUCUGUCCAUCUUGCAUGGAUUACUGCAGAACGUGUGGCAGGAGAACUCAGCAGCACAGGGCUUCUACCAGACCUACUACACCGAUGUCCUACAGCAUGUCCUGUCUGUGGUGACCGACACCUCCCACACGGCUGGUUUGACCAUGCAUGCCAGCAUCCUGGCCUACAUGUUCAGCAUCGUGGAGACCAACAAGAUAACCAGCCCGCUGAGCGCCAGUCAGGCCGGCCAGUCCAAUGAGUUGUACAUCAAGGAGUUCACCGCCAGCCUGCUGAAAUCGGCAUUCCCUCAUUUACAAGAUGCCCAAAUCAAGAUAUUUGUCAAGGGUCUUUUCAGUCUGAAUCAGGACAUUCCAGCCUUCAAGGAACAUCUGCGAGACUUCUUGGUGCAGAUCAAGGAAAUUGCCGGUGACGAUACGGCCGACCUGUUCCUGGAAGAGAGGGAAUCCCAACUGAGACAGGCCGGCGAAGAGAAACGCAAGAUCCAGCUGUCUGUUCCAGGCAUCAUCAACCCCCACGACAUGCCAGAAGAAAUGCAAGACUAAGGACAAAUUGCGCUGUACUUUGUGUAACUUAAUCGUGUGAGUCAGUUGUGUUUUGUGUUAAGAAAACUGAAGAAGAAAAGUGCUGCAUUCGAAAAAACAGUAUGUUUCCUGUAUGGUGAGUAAAUCCUGGGAUGUAAACCAUUCCUGAAGAAGUUGAUGAAUGUUGGCAGCGAGAGUAUGUUAGUGUUUGUAAUGCUGUGCAAUGGUAGCCAUUGAUGUUGCCAGGUCUUAGAAGGUUCAAGACAUGUUGAGCAGGAUCUCAUAGAGAUAAUGUCAUUUUGUUUAGGACCCCGGUAUUCAUCAGUCAUGAUUUCAGCUUGUGGCUACAUGUCUCUGAAUACGAUUUGAUGGAAGUUGACUCUUUUGCAUUUUUUUUUCAUGUCCAUUUUAAAACCAGUGGGUCCCAUAAAUGACACGGUAAGAGUUGUGUAUAUCAGUGCAGACGGAACUGAGAAAGCUGUCUCAGGGGAACUGUUGCAAAUCAUUGGACUGAAAUGACCAUUAAUUCCUAUUAAGUAAUGGCCAACUGUUAAACACUGAUUUCAGAAAACACAAUGUUGAUUUGCUUCCAAACCCUACACCAGUUUCCUCUGAAAAGAAAAUACUAAAUAAAUAAAACUGAAAAGAGGAAAAAUCAUGGAUGGAUGUCCAAAAAAGAAGAAGUAGUUUUUAAACAUAGGGCGCACAACUGAAUUAUUUUCAUUUUUGUAUUGAAGGCUUAUCUGUUUUGUUAGUCUGUACAUACCUGUAGGUGUAUUAAAAUGAGCACUAAUUAUUGGUUUAUGUACAUGUUGAUGUUUUUGUUACGAAAUAAAUACAACGCUUGCAUCACUCAAGUAGAGAUAGAACAGUCUUUGGAUGUAUUAAAGGGAAAAUAUAUUACAGUGGAAAAUCAACUAGUUGUAGUUAAACAAAAAUCUAAAUUACUUAUUGUUGGGAGAUUUAUAAUUACAGACUGGUAGUCCAGCUUUCUUGAGCUGUAAAACGUAAUGUAGUUUUUUCUUGUUGGAUAAAUUCUCCUCACAUUUAGACAGAAGUUUAGGUAAUAGUUGUCGAGGAAGAUGAAGCAGACUUUUUUUGGCUAGCCUUUCCUACCGACGCAUUUCCUAUCAAUAGUUGUGGGUAUCGCAGUCAUAUUGACUGUUUUCCUAUAUAUUUGAUACAUAAAAUGUAAAAUGUAAAUAGUAUAAAUAUGUUUUCAGAGAGAAUUUUUUUGUUUUUCUUCAUGUUGGAGUUAGUUGGAUAAAACGCUAUGAAGGUACAUGUACAUAAAAAUCGUCAUGGUAAGGAUACAUGUUGAUUCGGUAAUUAAUGCAUAAAUCUAGAAUGAAAGGUUAUUGUGUACAGAUCUUUUUCCCCGUAGUUUUUGUAGCCUGUGCCUUAGAUCACUGUGAACUGUUACCCAAUUCCAACUGUUUUUGAGCCCCCUCUCCAUUUACCUAAACACCUUGAGACUGUUUUUUUGUUUUCUUUUCUGUUUUGUGUAUAUCUUGUUUAAGAAUCAUAAUGUUAUGCUUACUUUUGCCAAAGAUAUAAACGUAGAACGUACAGGA